AUGAAGCAGCGCACGUUGGAUGGCAGACUUGUCGAAGACGUUUUUCCUUUCUCUUUCCAAAUAUGCAGCGACACGUUCAAAACAUCACAAGCUCUGCAGAACCACUACCGUGUGCAUAGGCUCCCACAAGGCAGUGUGGGGCACGCCGCUUUUGAGCGGCCAGGAGAGGCUGUGGGUCUUCUGCUUGGCGAGGAAGGAGUGGCGCCGGUGUCACCACAGACUUCGCCGACGCCAUGUCACGAGCAGGAGACUAGUUCGGACGUGGAGAUCAUCGAGCCGUCUGGAGGUUCUGCUUUAGACGGUGCAAAGCAAGCUGGGACAUCAUGCAAGCUGACCAAAGCAGGAUUGCCCAAAAUGACGACGGGCGCCAAGAAGCGGCCCAGGGUGUCUCCGCGGAGAAUGGUGGAUGCAGUGGAUACCUGGAGAGCAUGCAAGGCGAGUGGCCACCCGGUUGUGGAUGAGUACGGCAGAGCCACUGGCACAAAGCAUGCGUAUAACACUGUCUACAACUGGAGCCGCAAAUAUGACGAGCUGCUUAAGGCAGCAGCAAAAUCUGGAAAAGCAAAGAUCACUCAGACACGCAAAGGCUAUUUCAGAAAGAACAAGCUCGUGCUGCACUUUGACAAACGCUUCUCCAAGGCUUUGAAGACAGCGCGGAAGAAGGGUUGGAAGUUGACUUCCAAGGUGGCUUUUGCUUUGGCGCAGCGGGUUUUCGCCAAAGUGGAUGCCCAGCGCCACGCCCCUGGAUUGGUGUGGCCGAAAGUCAGGCGCACAGGUGAGCCAUGGCAACCUCGAUUGCAAUGGGUUCGGAGGUGGCUUGCUGUUCGUGCCUGGCGGCCACGUGUUGCCACGAAGAAGAAGAAGUGCACCUCACAAGCUGACUGUGCGAUGAUGCAAAAGUUCGUGGACAAAGUUCGUUUCCUUUGCUUGAAAAAGCCUCUAGAGAACCAGGGCGCCCGAAUUCCGGAUCCUCACCUUCAUUAUGGUUAUUUCAAGCCUUCGGCGCGAUACAAUCGUGACCAAGUGGGCUUUGACUACAGUGGCUCGGGCAAAACUUGGGCAAGCUUGGAGGAGCGGCAGGCCGGCUGCAUCCACGUCCAAAGCGGACCGAAAAAGUGGGCCAAGAGAUUUUUCACCUGGGACAUGUGUUACUCCUGCAACCUGGAAGAUCGACAGAUGCCGCCGGUGGUCUAUUUUUUCGGAGCUGGUCAAGUCAGUGCCCUGGAGAGAGCAAGCUAUGACCCGGAUGUCAGGGUUUUCUUCACGAAGAAAGCCUAUCUUUGCCGUGAAGCCAAUGACGAGUGGACGAAAAUUUGGAAGGAGUUCAAGCAAGAGACCAGUCCUGGAGUGCCAGUCCUCCUGACGCUCGACAGCCAUGCCAGUCAGACUCGCAGGGGCUGGCAGAAGGAAAUGCAACAGGCAGACACGCAGAUCCUCCAUACAGAGCCUGGAGGAACACACGUGUGCCAGAUGAUUGAUAGGCAUGUGGGCCGACUUCACAAGCAUUUGUUCCAAGAGGAGCAGAUGGAGUAUCUGCUCGAGAAUUUCGACCAGUUUGGGCAUCUCUCGGCUCGGGACCGACGCAUUUACGCCACACAUUGGGUCGGUGCAGUGUGGCGGAAAUAUGUCGGCCAGAAGCGGCGUGAACAUUACAAUUGCUGUCUUUGUUCUGGCUUGCUUAUUCGCCUGGAUGCGGCGUCCAUGACAGCGCAAGAGAUCCAAGCCACCACUGCAAUGAAGGCUGUGGUGCAAGAGCCGUCCCCUGUGGAGGACGACGCGUGA